UCUUAAUCUUUCUCUUUAUUUCUCUUUAUCAUCUCAGCAGCAGAUCAGCACCUCCAUUAGCUUCCUCCCUCUUCCCAGUAUUCAGCAGCUCUGUCCCGCUGAAGAUGACCUGAAAAAGUCGUGUCCUGUUUUCUCUCCAGCCUCGUCUUCAGUCGGUGAGAUAAAGCGAGGAUAGGAGGAAAACCCAUGCGCGGUCACGCAGCACCUGCACCAGUCUUGUAUUUACUCGCACAGGACCUGUGUGUGUUGUCGGAGAUGAUUUAAUUGUUCGAAGGAAGGAGAAAAAGGAGAAGUAAGCAGAGAUGAGCACCUCAGAUGGAGGAGAAGCAGCUCUGGGAGGUGAGGGGGAGGAUGAGGAGGAAGAGCGCAGUAAAGUUGAUCGUCUUCCGCCGCUCAUGGAGGAUGAGGAGAACGUGUCUCUGGCAGAUAUCUUGUGUCUGAGAGACAGCUGUCUGUCUGAGCAGGAGGUUUGGGCGGUAUGUGUGGAGUGUGUGCGCUCUCUACAGAGUAUUUUACGUUCUCCACUUUUCCAUUCUCUCUGCAUUACACCCGACACCCUGGCCUUCAACGCUCAUGGGAACGUGUGCUUCAUAGAACAGCUCAGUGAUGACCCAGAAGACUCCUUUGUGGCGCCAGAGUUCGGUGAAACUGGGAACACGUUUGAGAGUCAUGUGUUCUCUCUGGGCUCUACACUCUCAGCAGCUGUGGGCUUUGUUAUAGAGCCUGAACUAGAGGCAGAGUUGGGGGAUGAUACCCACAGGUUGUUUGAACAAAUGCAAGAAGAAAAGCCAGAGAACAGGCCCAGCCUACAGGACAUUAUUUCUCUGGCAAAAGCCAAAUUCACAGACACCUCAACCACAGCAGUGUGUAGAAAACUCUCUGCCAUUGGAAGAAGAGUGCUGUCCAUAGAAUCAGUCUCACCUUUCCAAGAUGACUGGGAAAAACCAUAUCAUCAUUUCAUGGAAUACAACAGCUCAAGCUCAAACUUGGCUGAGACGCAUAUAUGCGACCAUCGCAUGGCCAAACAUUAUUCUUCAGACUCUCAUGAUGAUGAGGAUCUUCUGGUUAAUCAUAGACGAACAGUCUACAACGGUUCGUUUCGGUCUGGUAGCGUAGAUGAAUAUUCGGGUGGUCCGAUGACCUCCUUCAACCACUCACAGAUCAGCUCCCCUGUCCUCAGGAUAAACCAGGAGCGAAGAUGGAGGAGAUCUCGAAGUGCCCUCAACCGCUCCUGCUCCAUUCCUGACUCCAACAACCCUCCUGUGUUCUCAGCUUCAUCACACACAAACCUGAGCAUGAUGGUGGAAGACCUGUCUGAGAUCGGAGGAGAGGAGAGCAGGAUGAUGCACUGGGGGGACCAGAUGCUGAAGGAAACACCUAGGAAGUGUGGACAAGUUGCAGAUUUGGGCGGAAAUGAGGGAAGUCCUGAUCCCUCUAUGAAAUAUGUAAAUAGCAUUGAACACGUCGGCAAUAUAGCAGAAGACACAGGGCAGGGGGAAGUUGUAAGAAAUGAAACCCCUGUCUUCUUAGCAAAGGAGGAGGUGAUCGAUAAUAGCCACCUGUCUUCUAACCACAUUACCAAAAGCAUGCUGUGCCUCAAGGAAGAAUCUCAGGAUGAGUGGAUCUCUCUGCGGGAGCUGCUUUUACACUGUUCAAGGCCACUGUCUGUGAAUGAGUUGUGGGCUUUGUGCUACACUUGCCUAGCCACAUUGCAGACCUACAUUGAUUUUCCAGCCUAUCUCUGCCUGGACUCUGUGUAUGUGAGCUGUGAUGGAGAGCUGCUCUUCUUAAAGCCUAAAAGCACAGAAUUUACUGAUGCCUUUUACAUAGCUCCUGAAUUCCAAGAACAUGGUAUAGUGACAGAAAAGGCCUGCAUAUAUGGAGUCGCUGCUGUUCUGUGGUCAGCAGCCAAAUUUCAUUUAUCUCCUAAUCAAAAGCUACCUAUGCCGAGAAAACUCAAAAGACUUCUGCUUGAUAUGGCCAAAAGAACUCCAAUAGAACGGCCAUCUAUUGUCAUGGCAAAAAAGAUUUGCGGGGAUUAUCUGUCCCAUCAGGGUAUCGAUGUUGAGACUGUGUGGAUUCAGUUAAUCGACAGACUUCAUAAGGCACCCGAUGGGAUCAACGAAGUAGAAAACAUGUGUAAUUUGGACAUCAAAACCACUGUUACACCAGAAAGUAAAAGUGGCUUUGUCCCUCUGGCCCAGGAUGCCAGGUUGGCUCCUGUUGCUGGUCCUGUUCCACAAACCAAGCCUUUCUCUAUGAUGGCCAGGCUGCCUCUAGCCUUUACCUCCUCUGCCACUCAUUUCAGCCCUAUAGUAGUGACUCAUGAGGGGGGCAGACAGGAGGAAUCCCCCCUUACUGAUCCUGGGAUGGAAAGAGAUGAGACUCUGACUCCUGAAACACCACUACAACAGGACUGGAUGCUGGACGAGGGUGUACAUGAGGAAGACCAUUGCCCCUCACUAUCUAGCAGUAGGACUUUCCUUUCCUCAUCACUUCACUCCACACCCCAAACAGUCAAGAACAAUGAAGAUGCAAACAUUCACACUCUCCCAACCUGCCCAAGCAUAUCAUGCUCUACUGGUGUUUACAACAACUUCCUACUACAACAGGACCCUCAGAGUGGCUGUCUGACCCUGUUUCCUGUACAGAUAGCCCAGCCAAUCACAGACCUGGACCUUAGAACAGUAUCAAAGACUGCAGAAAAGCAAGAUUCUAAUGUGCACCAUGUUACUCAUAACGGGAAAUCUGAGCAGCAUGACUUGAAUGAAAAGAAAAAAGUCAUGUUAAAUAAUAAAGCUCACCUGGAUACAACUGACAUUACAGGACAGAAGCACCUGCUUCUGCAGCAGGUCAUUGGUCUGCUGAGAGAGGAGUUUGCCUUUGAUGGGUAUCUGGAAAAUGGAGUGGAAGAGCUGGUCAUGGGAGAGUACAUUCUUUCUUUAACCAACCUGCAGUUUGAGACAUUCUGCAGAGCAAUUGCGGAGAAGUUCAGUGAUCUUCACUGGGAUACAGACCUGCUGGGAUUGCUGCACUGCCUGGUUAAGCGUCAGUCUUCACUAGCAUCUACAAAAGAGUCUUUGUCAGGAAAGAAGGAGGAAAGGGCACUGACUCUACUCCCGGAUAAUAGGAGGGUUGAGGUAGACGCAAGUGUUAACACAGAACGAGGUCAGCUUGACCACAACGCCAACGAGUGCCAGACACUGACAGACGGGCAAGAACAUAAAGAUAAUAAAAUACCAAACCAAGGAGAAACUGAAGGCACACUAGCACACAAGAUGACUGAAGAAUAUUAUACCAUGAACACCUGCAAAGAGACUCAGGCCGUUACAAUGAAAAAACAUCAUAACAGUACAAUGAAGAAUUUGGACAUGGAGAGCAGUGCGUCUCCAGCAGGUGGAGCUGAUGAGUCUGUGUGUGAAAGUGAGGCUGUGUGCCCGUCUUCAGACCUGGAGCAGAGUGCAGAGAGCCUCCUAACCCCAGACUGCUCGGAUGCAGACAUGGAUGACUCUGAGUCCUGCACGGGCCCCCAGGGGCCUUCAUUCCGUCCUGCAUGGCCCCUGGCUCUGUAUGGGGAAGACUUUUUCAACCAAGAAGUGGUGGAAUAUGCUUAUAAACUGGGGGGCCACUCUGACUCACCAAGUUUUGAAGAUAAAUUACAGGAGCCACCUUUCUUAGAUGAAGAAUUGUACCAGGAACUCCAACAGCAGCUAAUGCUUGAAAGCAGAAAUUUAAAGAAAACCAGAAAUUUUUACCACAAGCUUAUUCACCAAGAAAGGAAAAAUAAAGGUUCAGAUGCAAAGGCGAUGCUGCCCAAACUCAAAGCCCAGUUGGAUGAGCUAAGGACCAAAGUUGAGUUCCUUGACUCUGUAAGGCAAUAUCUACAGGUGUUGUGUGUGGAUCAGUGGGGUCUACCUCUCUCUCUACUACCCUCCCUGGCUUCUUCUGACUCUUCAGCUGUAGACCUCAGGGCCAGUGAAGAUCCAUCCAUACUUAGCCUGGUGUGUGAGCAGCGAAGAACAAGAGGUUGCUGCCCUCUACUGGCCGGAACUCCCAAAGGCCUUAUGGCUUAUCUGUAUGCCAGAAAUGCACAUUUGGAAGGAUACAUCCAACACUUCCUCUACACAUAUCGCUACUUCUGUACUCCUGAAGAUUUCCUCCAGUUUUUAAUGAACAAAUUUCACAGCUCAGUAGGAAACAAGAACUCCUCGAAGGACAGUGCUAAAGUGUACCAUCGUACCCUGGACGUGUUGGAGUGCUGGACAGGAGACUGCCGAUCAGUAGACUUCACAUCCAGCUCUCGCCUCCAGCAAAUGCUUGAUAACUUUCUCACAUCUGAGGUGGCUCCUGUGGAAAGUCGGGGAGAGAGACUUCUGACAAUGCUACAAAGCAGUCCCAAAAAGAGGCGGGGCUGUAAGGUUUCGUGUCUUAGCGAGGGACCAAUCAACAGUUGGGAAGAUGUUGAUGUCCAGUCAGUUCACUCCAUUUGCAGACAGUCAUCCGUUGAGGGCACAGCCAAAAAGAGUUUUCACUGGCCUGUUUCCCGUGUAGUGGAACCCCAGGCGAACCAGUCGAAGGAAAAAGCGUUCUCAAUUGCAGCUGCUUUGCCUCGACCCUGUUACAACUCCUUGCUAAGCCAGGUGACAGGUGUCUGUGUAAGGAACGAAGACAGAGUAGCGUUUAAUCAGACUGACUACAACCCACUGAACACAGCUCAGCAGCUCACACUGCUCCAGCAGGAGAUCUUCCAAAGCUGUCAUCCUGUUAAUUUUCUCAACUCUAGAGCACAAGGAGUGAGAGAGAAAACAGCCAACAUCUCCAAAUCUGUACCAACUGAUACCCCACCACCAGAGGGCAACAAUCUGUUUGUCAGUGAUGAACAGGGGUCUAAUGGGCCUUUACAGCACCUCAUACGAUAUUCAGAAAGUGUCAGCACCUGGGUCUCUGCUGAGAUUGUCAUCACAGACUCUCUAAAAGUUCAGGCCGCUCUGCUUGCCAAGUUUCUCCUGAUUGCCAAGCGCUGUUAUGAAAUGAGAAACUUUGCAACAGCCAUGCAGAUUCUUGGAGGACUGGAUAAUGUGAUUGUCAGACAGUUACCGGCAUGGAAGCAGCUGUCAGCCAAGAUGUCAGAGGUUCUUGAAGAGCUCAGGGCUGUCCAGGUGUUUCUGAAGAGUGACAGUCUGUGUCUGAUGGAGGGUGAGAGAGGAAAAAGGCAGCCCACAUUACCAGAUGCCCACAUCCUGGCCAUGCACUUACAGCAGCUGGAGAUUGGCGCUUUUACUUUGACCAGUGGAGCAUACAAGUGGCCCAAGCUACGAAGUAUAGCUCGAGUAGUAAGUCAAGUCCACGCCUUUCAGGAGCAUGUCUUUUUAUACCCUCCUGAUCUAGAGCUGCAGUCAUAUCUUCAGGCCCGGAUCACCCAUCUAAGUGCUUGUGACGUGUCUCUCCUCGCUGCUGACAACGAUACCAACUUUAACCAGCCCACAACAGAGCGACAAACUCGUCGCAUUCAGGACACACUGCGAAGGGUCAAGGCUUCCUUUCAGUAAUUCAGAACGAAAUGUAUUUAUAGUGUUUUAUAGAGUAUGGUUAGAUGUUUUUAUAAAUGGACAUUGGGGAAAAGCCUGAACUCUGUAAUUUGUUGUUUCUUCCUUAAUAACUAGUAAUUUCUCAAUUUAAAAUGAGAAGGAUCUGCACUUGUGUCCACUGCGCUUCUCUAACAAAAAUGUUUUGAAGUUCUAUUUUUGCUCUAAUUAAUAUAAUUUAAGAAUAAUUACAUCUACUGUUUUCUGUGCACAUAUAAAUACUAUUGAUGUGUACUAAAAUAUUAUAGCUUAGUUUUAAUAAACUGUUUUUAAAAAUAUUAACAAUUUUUUACAUUAAAGACCUACCACAUAUAAAUAAUUUAAGGGGUCUAUUUAUAGUAGACAAAUCAAAAAGCUCUGUAACGAUAUAAUUCAUUCAAUCACAUUAUAAGCGGAAUUCUUAAUAUUUUCAGUGUAUUAGGAAUUGACAUGUUUAUAUAUGUAUUAUUAUUUUAUGUUUUGUCACUGAAUUAUUCUGAUAAGGGUAAUAAUUAUGGUGUUAUAAUAAUAAGAGCCUGGUUUAUUAUUAUUAUUAUUAUUAUUAUUAUUAUUAAUCAGUGAGAUGUUCUCCUGGUGUCUGUGUGGGUUUUCUCCAAAUAUUGUUUUUCUUAUACCUCCCAAAGACAUGCAUAAGGUGUAUUGGCAAUGGGUGUUAAUAAAUAAGUGGACAUGUAAGUGUGUGGUUCACUGUUAUUGGUUAACAUACUUACAAUAAACCUAUUAUUAUUAAUAAUAAUAACAAUAAUAAACCUGACUAUUAAUAAUAAUAAUAAUAAUAAUAACAAUAAUAAUUUAAUUGCAUGUAUUCCCUGUGUCUGACUGGCCAUCAGAUCCCGUCUGACUGGCUAUCAGAUCCCGGCUUUCAAAAACAUGCAGAACUUGGACUGUAUUCCACAUUCCUACUUAUAACUAUGUUGAUAAUGUGGCACCCACAUGAUGUAUUCUUUAUGUGUGCUUAGUGUGUGUUUUUGGUGUCUGGCCCACCAGGAUCCAGCAGUUAGUUAAACAUAAAUGAAUGAAAUCUUACUGAGAAGUUUUUAUUUGCUGUUUGUCAUAUUAAUGUAUAAUAGUGGUACUUAGUGUCCCCUCAAUUAGACUUUACAUGUGACAAUCAAUCUACAAUGACAAUCAUAUUAUUAAUAAUAAUAAUAAUGUUAUUAUUAAUGUCACAGUAUUCACCUAUAUGUGUUUGUUCCCUCCCUUUUCCUCCUCUUCCAAAGUUGAGGAAACAGGCGCCCCUGGAGGUCGAUGCUCCUCUGUAGUCUCCACAUCAAAGCGUUGGAGAUAAACACAGUUAAUUGGGGGGCGAGGAGCUGAGACCUCUGUAAGCACAGAUCAGUGAUAAAGGAAGCACGCAGCAUGCUGUUAUCAUCCUAAACGAUCCCUUUACAAGCACAUUGUUACUACUCACCACACCACUCAUCAGAGGGAUUAAACUCUCGGACACACACAAUUCAGGCUCAGUGAUUGAGAUUGGCAUCAGUUAUAGUCUCACUGCCUGCUGACAAAUGCAUUUAAUUGAAACUAUUUAAACUUGUUGCAUUGAAUUACAGAACGUGCUUGAUUAAAUACUAUAGAAAUAAAGUUGCAUUAAGAAUACAGAAGAA